CGUCUGCGGCGGAAAAGCACAUCGAGGGAGACGAAGACAUGACCCGGUUGAACUCUGUUGUGCCUCGCUUCGAAUCACGCUCCGCCGCCAUUAGAGGCAAAAUGUCACGGCGGGGGGGGUUGACCUAACCUCUCAGCUGAAGACUUGAAUCGCAACAGCGUCUUUUAGCUAAAAUUGGGCAUCCCUUUUUCUUUUUCUCGCUCCCCCCCCCCCCCUCCCGCCCGGCGAUGGGCUCCGUGACUUCCGCCCUGACGAGGACACGCCACGCGCUGGUCAAAGUGGGCUCGGAGCCGGAGAGCCACUCUGCGCCCGAGUCGGCCAGGAAAAGUAGUCGCAAGCCUCCCAGCCAAGCCGCCCGACAGACUUCCCGGCUGUUGCUCGCGGAGGUCCUGAGCCGGCAGGACUCAGACGGAGCUAAGAAGUCAGUCGAGGUCCAACCGAACAAACCGAACGUGGCGAACGAAGAUGGCGAAAGCACAAGUCGACCGCAGGCCAAUUUUGCACGCUCAAAGUCCCAGAGUGCUUUAUGGAACGCCAUCACGGCAGGGAUGGGCAUCCAAGGCAAAGAGCAGAAGCCCCCCCAGAAUGACACCAGGAGUCCUGAGGAGAUUCUGGCGGAUGAGCUCCCCCUGAAGGAUGAGGCGGAUGCCACCGAGAAGACCGCCAUCAGGCGGAAGUACAAGAAGACGUCCCAGAGAUUAAGAUGUCUGGUCAAACAGCUGGAGAGAGGGGAGGCUUCCCUGGCCGACCUCAAGAAGAACCUAGAGUAUGCGGCGUCCGUGCUGGAGUCUGUCUACAUCGAGGAGACGAGGCGUUUGGUGGACACUGAGGAUGAGCUCAGCGACAUUCAGUCAGAGUCGGUACCGUCGGAGGUGCGAGACUGGCUGGCCUCUACCUUCACGCGCCAGAUGGGCCUGAUGCUGCGACGCAACGAGGAGAAACCUCGCUUCCGAAGUAUCGUCCAUGCCGUCCAGGCAGGAAUAUUUGUUGAGAGGAUGUACCGACGCACCUCCAAUUUGGUGGGACUCAGCUAUCCCCCUUCCGUUAUAUCUGUGCUUAAGAAUGUUGACAAGUGGUCAUUUGAUGUGUUCGCUCUGAACGAGGCCAGUGGAGAUCACGCUCUUAAAUUCAUUUUCUAUGAGUUGCUCACCAGAUAUGACCUCAUCAGCCGUUUCAAGAUUCCAAUUUCUGCAGUUGUGUCGUUUGUCGAAGCCCUGGAAGUGGGAUACAGCAAGCAUAAAAAUCCCUAUCACAACUUGAUGCAUGCUGCUGAUGUUACGCAGACUGUUCAUUACCUAUUACUCAAGACCGGCAUGGUGCAUUGGUUAACUGAGCUGGAGAUCUUUGCCAUGAUCUUUGCUGCGGCCGUGCACGACUACGAGCACACGGGGACCACAAACAACUUCCACAUUCAGACAAGGUCUGACACGGCUAUCCUGUACAACGACCGCUCCGUGUUGGAGAGCCACCACGUGAGCGCGGCCUACCGCCUGCUGCAGGAAGACGACGAGAUGAACAUCCUGUACAACCUCUCCAAGGAUGACUGGAGAGAGCUGCGCGCUCUGGUGGUGGAGAUGGUCCUGGCCACCGACAUGUCCUGCCACUUCCAGCAGGUGAAGGCCAUGAAGAACUUCCUGCAACAGCCUGAGGGCAUCGAUAAGCCGAAAGCCCUGUCCUUACUGCUGCACACUGCUGACAUCAGCCACCCGGCCAAAGGUUGGGACCUUCACAACCGUUGGACCACCUCUCUGCUGGAGGAGUUCUUCAGACAGGGGGACAAAGAAGCGGAGCUCGGCCUUUCCUUCUCACCGCUCUGUGACCGAAAGUCAACAAUGGUGGCGCAGUCCCAGAUCGGCUUCAUCGACUUCAUCGUGGUGCCCACCUUCACCGUGCUGACCGACAUGAUGGAGCGCAUCGUCACGCCGCUCAUCGACGAGGCCUCGCACUCUGCUCUCGCGGGCUUCCGGCGCUCCAGUAUGAACAGUAUUGGCUCAGAGGAGGCCAAGAGGCACAGCGUGAAGAGCAUGCCCUCCGACGGCUGCUCGUCGGGCCACAACUCCCUGCUGGCUGUGGACAUGAAGAACUUCAAGGCGCUGUGGAACGAGGAGGUCUACCAGAACAGGGAGCGCUGGAAAGCGCAGGCCACCAAAGAAGCCGAGGAGAGAGCCAAAAGGGACGCGGAGGAGCGAGCCCAGCAGGAAGACACCAUGGAACCUCAGAAGGACCACGCCGACUCCGCCGAGCCCAAAGACGGCGAACAGGAGGCAGGCGACGAGGAGCCUGAGCCCGACGGCGGUGAUGCGGCUCCACCGCCACCCGGGGGCGCCGCCGCACAUAAGAGUCCCUCGCUGCAGAACGGAGAGUUGUCUGAAGGUGCAAACUCUCUGGGAAGUGAAGCGACCAAAAACACAGCACAUGAUGCGGAGAUCACUACGGAAUGAGAAUCGCAGCGCCUUGAAUACCUGAGGUGGGGGGUGGGGAUGGGUUGCCAAUCAGUAGGACUUUGUCGCUCCCUGCAGGAAACCGAGAAACUAACUGACGCCUUCACAUCCUUAAGCGUCUCGUUUGUUUGGACUGUACAUAAUACCGCCACACUCCUGUUGUUGUCUCCCUUUAGACUGGAUGGCUUUACAGCAUUUAAUUUGGAGUUCUCUAUAGUUUUAGGCUCUGUGAAAUGUCUUUUUUUUUUUUUGGUGUCUUCCCUGUGCUUUAUCGUUCUUUUUGUACCUUUAAUUUUGCUUUUAAUGUAAAUGGCUCUUAUUGCAAACACAACGGCGUGGAUUUAAUGAAAGAUAUUGUCACAAAAACUUUUUUUAAAUAUACUGCAUGUUUUGUUUAGCGUUUCUGUUCUUCUCGAUGCCUUGUUGUGUUUUUGUGCUGUAGCAAAGCGUCUUUUAAAAUGUCCUGCUUUUUUUCUCCGCCACGCUGCAAAUAUAAGUCAAAUAUUGCUUGUUGAGCAGAUGUAAAAUAACAAAUCUCCACUUUCGCUGUUAUUCUACAUGUAUACUUGUAGUUAAGAGUGUGAGAAAUGGGCAGUAUUUGCAUUCCCAUAUUUACAUAAUUGUGCAAUUUUAUUUUGGUAUAAACCCAUAGUGCCAAGAUGUUGGCAUGUGAUGUGCAUCUUUGAGGGAAAACUAUAUCUAAAAAGGGAGAAUUUAACAACUAACCUUCGAGGAAUGAGAGAGAACCUUGUGGAUUAUUUGGGAGCCGUUCUUCUGUUUGACAUGCACUCAUGUUUUUUAUAAGAAAGCGACAUAAUGUGCUGUGAAAAGCGACUUUUCUCUUUACCUGUGUGCCUCUUACUGCACAUGUAACCGCGCCUGUAGGAACCAGCCGUCAUUGUUUCUGCAACCUGUUGAUGUUUUAUGUGCUCUUUUUGUGCUGUAACAAUUCUAUUCCUCUUUGCCUUUUUUCAUCGGCCAGUGAGUUUAAUUUAUUUUACUUUUGUUUAUUCUUGUCAUAUACUGUUGUGGGGUCGCUUCGUUGGAUUCCCCGCCCCCCCGCAAAAUGUAAAUUUCCCCCACCUGCUUUUUUUUUUUUUUAAUUAUCAUAAAACGUCGGUUUUUUCACAUUUAAAACAAAUCUGAUUUUCUGUUUUUUCACUUGAAAUUGGUUUUACCAAGUCCACUUUUGUAGGUCACAAUUUUGUCCCUUUUUCCCCACUUUGUUAUUCUUUCACUCUUUUUCAAGUUUUUUUUAACUUCAUCCAUUUUCCGUACCACUUAUCCUCAUAUUCUCAUUAAUAUAGUGGGUUUCUUUGUUAUUCUUUAUAUUCAUUGUUCCCUUUUCUCAAAUUUUCCCCAUUUAUUUCUUUAAAAAAAAGUUUUGCUUUGUUUUGUUGAUUUAGUCUUUAAAGUUUUUUUAUUCAAUCUUUUCCCUUCAUUUCCCUUUUUUUCUCCCCCCUUCCAUUAGUUUAGUCCACUUUAGUGUAGUCCUAUUUUAAUUUGAUACGUUUUUUUGAGUUUUGUCUCCUAAAAUGUUUUUUUUUUUUUUUUUUUUACGAUUGACUUUUCCACAUUGUUUUAUUUAGUCCACUUAAAGUCCCUGUAAGGUGCAAAUAAAAACGUCUUGUAAAUACGAGAGACCUCAGAGUAGAGUGUUGCUAACAAGCCUGCCAAAUUUGAAUGAUUAACUCCUGCCGUGCGCCCAUGUGAGUUACUGGGUGCCAUUUUUAGCCAGCCCCUAAAACGUUAGGAAAUCUGAAAUGGUGAAAAGCAGUUGAAUGCCAUUUCUGCACGAGAGGCGUUAUGCACAACCAACUUUAGCACUUUCUUCCGGCUGGGCCACUGGCGGAGCCCUACGGCAGGCGACCCGGAAGAAGCACCUGUAGAAAUAUGAAAAGUCUACAAUGUCUUUGUUUGGUACAAGAUGUCUUUAAGAGCUACCCAAGAUGAAAAUACUCUCUACAAUGUUUAUUCUUCAUUUGUUUUCUUGUAUCAUAUAGGCAAUAAUAAAUGAUAUACAUGUAUUUAACUUUUUUUCUGAAAAUAGCAGCAAAUUAAAAAAAUAAAAUAUAAUCUACCAAAUUUGGGUACAAACCAUGUCAUCAGUCCACCACUUGUUUUCUGGUUUGGUCACAUGACGUUGCGCAUCAAGUACGACAUAGUACUCAGUCUUUGCAGAUAUCUUCAAAUGUAUAAUAUAUUUGGAAACAAUUCACUAUACAGGGUCUUUAAGAAAUAGUAGGUUUACUUGAAUAUAUUCAAAUUUUCUCCUUUGUUACAUACUUUUUAAUUUAUUUGUGGUGCUUUUUCAGUUGUGUAGUGUGUUGCUUUGUCCAAUGUUAUUCUUUCCCUCUUUUUUUUUUUUUUUCUUUCUUUAAACAUUUCCAUUUUUCGUCGUGUUCCUAUGACCUGUUUGUAAGCUACGUUGCUGGAACGAUGUGAAUUUUGUUCAUUUUUAAAACUGUAACUUCCACCCACGCGCUUCGAACAAAUGCUUGCUUGUGACGUCAUCGAGUAGCCUGUUUCUGCUUUCGCACGCUGUUGCUGUACAGCACAUUUAGCAGGCGGCGUCGACAUCAUGGCUGUAUUUCUUCUCCACGUGGUGUUUUUGCAACUAUUUGUCCCCCCCAUCCCCCUUCCGACUCCCCUUCAAUCUUAGACGACUGAUCUCAAAUCUCUCGAGGUCAGGUGGAUGUAAAAAGUGUGCAAGGUUUUUAAAAAAUCAACACUGGAAAAUACCUAGUGUAUUUCUGAUCUCCUCACUGUGACCUGCUCUGAUUUGUGUGUGAGUGAGUGCGUGCGUGUGUGUGUGUGUGUGUGUGUGUGUGUGUGUGUGUGCGUGUGCGUGUGCGUGUGUGUGUGUGUGUGUGUGUGUGUGCGUGUGUGUGUGUGUGUGUGUGCGCGCGCGUGUCGAGAUGUGCCGGACUGUGUAACAUAUUAGAUAACAUUCAAAUAGUCUUAACCCUUAAGAGAGCCUUUCAGAACAUUUUGUGCCAUUCAUUUUUUUUCCUUUCAAGCCAUUUUUGGCUUUUUUAAAAUAAUACUGGUCAGAUUUUUAACAUACUAGUUAUUUGUCUGUUUUUUUUAAUUUUUUUACAAUACAAAAACCAACAUUUGUUCUCAGCGGUUCAGAAAAUUUAUGGAUAGAUGGCUGGAUAAUGCAAUCCUUUCUUCAUAUAGAUAUUGGUUCAACAGAUGACGCUAGGUUUCAACCAUUCAAAGCAUGCAGCAACGUUUCACACCUUUUAAACGGUUUUCUACCAGGGUGCCUUGCUACUGAAAUGUUUGUUGCUGUUUGUUAGAUAAUGGUGAAAUUUAAAAAUAAAAAGUCUGCAAUGAGGGUUUUCCACUUUCAUAUCUCCAGUAGGUCAGUUUGUACAACUUCAUUUUUUUCAUAAGUCUCCACCCCCCCCCCCCCACCCUCAUUUUUGCAUUGUUUCAUUUUCUCUCACAUUUUUCAACUUCCUUUUCCUCCCCUUUUCACUUUUUUCUCAAUGUAUUUUCACUUUUCUACAUAGUGUUUGAGAAAUUUCUUUAGCUGUUUUUACCCAAGGGUUAUUUUUUUUUCUGCCGCUUCACAUUUUUUAAUGUACAACGUUCCCCCAUUUCCACAUUUUUUUAAGGGUAUUAUUUUUUCCCCCCUUUUUCACAUACAGUAUGUCAAUCAUAUGCACCCCUUUCACAUUAAUUUUUUUCCCAAGUUUAUGUAAUUUCCCCCUUUUUUUUAACAAAUGUUUUUGCUCUGUUCAAUGUUUAUUUUUACUCACUAUACGGUGGGCAACUUAAUUUAUAUAUUUUCUGCGCUUGUAUGACCAGCAUGGCAGCAAGUUAAAACAGUUUGACCACGUAACAAUCUAUUUGUGCCUACAUUGGAUGCAAUGGGAAAAAUAUCUGCUCAAUAGUUCCUUUUCUUUCUUUAUUUUAUUUUUUGUUGUUGUUGUCUGUUAGGUACAAGGGCGUUAGGCUAUUGAAAGGACUUCAUAAGGGUUAAACUACUUAAAUGUAGGAGGGUUACUUGAAUAUUAUUGAUUGAUUGAAAACAAAACUACAAGAUGGAUGCCAAACAGUCCACCCAAUCUCCGAAUGAAGUGAUUGAGUGCUUGUGCGAGUUGAGAGUGUGUGCAUGCAAGCGUGUGUGUCACUGUUCUAUUGCGGCAGCGUGUGUGUGCCACCAUGCUAUGUGACUGCACAGCUGUGUCAAUAAAGUGGACUCA